CUUAACCAUUCAGAGGCAAAUCUCUUAACCAUUCAGACAUCUGAACCAUUAAGAGGCUGAAACAAACAGUCUGAACCAUUAAGUGCUGAACCAUUUAGACAUCUGAACCAUUAAGAGGCUGAAAAAAACAACCCCUUAGUUUGUAAAACGUGAGACUUAUUAUCAGAGAGAACCAAAAAGGCAUGUAAUUAAUAAGGGCCACCGGGAAAACAAGAAGAAGAUAUGAAGCCAUAAAUGAGGGGGGGCAGAAGACAGAAAUGGAGAUUCUUGGGGUUUGAAUUGUGGGAGACUAAAGCUAGCUAGGGUUUUGUUCUCUUUAACGUCAAAGCCUUUGCUUUACUGUUGGAGCCAAGAUUUCAAAUUUCAAAAACCCAAAUGCAUCUCUCACUAUGGAAACCACUGUCCCACUGCGCCGCCAUGAUCUUUGGCCGGAAAGGAGGAAGAGGAGAGGAGUCCGGCGCAACCAGACCGACCCCUUCUUCCAUCCUGAUACGACUGCAGGAGCUGAAACUCGGGGAAGCCCUGGAAGACGCCUCGGAGAAGGGGUCACUGGAAACCAAAGAUGAUGAAGAUGAAGUGGGCUUGGGCAGUUCAAUGUCUCUGGCCAGGCUAAAUGCCCAGAAGGAAUUCUUGAAGGCCACUGCCCUAGCCGCUGACCGGGCAUUCCACACCCAAGAAUCCAUCCCCGAUUACCAAGAAUCCUUCCUCAAGUUCCUAAUCAUGUACCCAAAGUUCCAAUCUUCAGAAAAGAUCAUCCAUCAGCUGAGACUGAACGAUUACAGUCACCUCUCCGACCCGGAAUCUAAGGUAUGCCUUGACUAUUGCGGCUUUGGGUUGUUCUCCCACCACCAAACCCUCCAUUCUUGGAACACAUCUGGGUUUACCUUAAAACACAUAACCGCAAACCUCAGCAAUCAAGCCCUGCACGGCGGCGCGGAGGAGGGAACCAUGGAACACGACAUAAAGGUUAGGAUCAUGGAUUACUUGCACAUUCCCGAGAGUGAAUACGCCCUGGUUUUCACUGUCAGCAGAGGCUCUGCUUUCAAACUGGUCGGGGAGUUUUACCCUUUCGACAGGAACAGGAAUCUGUUGACCAUGUUUGACCACGAGAGCCAAUCUGUGAAUUGGAUGGCCCAAUGUGCCAAACAGAAGGGCGCUAAGGUUUCUAAGGCCUGGUUUAGGUGGCCGUCUCUGAACCCUUGUUCGGAGGAACUGAGGAAGGAGAUUUCGAAGAGGAAGAAGAAGAAGAAGAGGGCUUCUGCGGUUGGGCUUUUCGCGUUUCCGGUCCAGUCCCGGGUCACGGGGGCCACGCCCGAUUUCAUUAUCACGUCCUUCUACAAGGUCUUCGGCUCCGAUCCCACCGGCUUCGGCUGCCUCCUGAUCAAGAAAUCGGCGAUGGCGACCCUCCAGACCCAGCCCGGUCGGACCGGGGCCGACAUGGUCCGGAUCAUGCCCGAGCUCCCUCAGUACCACGGCGACUCUUUAGGUUCUUGUUUCGAUUCCGGUUUGGGAUUCGAAGGCGGAGAAGACGAAUUCGGAUGUGGGUCCCAUCUCCCCGCAUUCUCCGGGGUCUUCACGUCCAAACAGGUCCGGGACAUGUUCCUGGAUUUAGAAGACGAUAGCUCCUCGGACCGGGACGGUUCAAGCACCAGGUACGAGGAAGAAGCCGACAGCGAAUACGGGUAUUCGGGUCGGAUCGGGUCGGGUUACAGCCCGUACCUGAACUCAGACCAUUCGGGUCAAUUCCUCUCCGCGAAAGAAUGCGAUUUCAGGUUGUCGAGGAGAAGAGAGCUGAGGCGCGUCGGGAGGAAGGACCCGGAGAUAAUCUGCUGCCAUCUGGACCACGUGGAUACCCUGGGCCUCAACAAAACAAGCCACAGAUUAAGGUGUCUUGCAAACUGGCUGGUCACUUCACUCCUGCAGCUUCAGUUCCCCAAUGGAGGGGCUCUGGUGCAAAUAUAUGGCCCCAAGAUGAAGUACGAAAGGGGCGGGUCGGUCGCGUUCAACGUCCGGGUGAAUCGGGACGGCGGCCUGAUUCACCCGGAGACCGUCCAGAAGCUGGCCGAGCGACACGGGAUAUCUCUCGGCGUUGGCAUCCUCAGCCACAUACAGCAGGCGGCCGGCGACGGGGAUCCGGCGGCCGGGAAUUUGGAGGGCGUGGAUUUCGCGCCGUAUAAGCUGAUGUCCAGCGGGUGCCACGACCGCAGGAACCGGCUCUUCCGGGUUGAGGUGGUCACGGCGACGCUCGGUUUCUUGACCAAUUUUGAGGAUGUGUAUAAGAUGUGGGCAUUUGUGGCCAGGUUUUUGAACCCCCUUUUUGUUGAUGGAGGAGAAGGCUUGGAUUAGUUUGCACUAACAAAUGUCAAUGGUUUUUGCAUAUGGUGGAGGCUACGCCCGGGGCGGCGUCGUCUACUUUUUGUUUAAA